CGGCACGCAUGGAUCAAAAUUCACAAGUAGAGUGAGGGACAGGUCGAUAAGGGAGAUGAGUUCGUCAGGGAUGAUGACGAUCAAUACCGGAUUGACUGACUCCCAACCUUCAAAAAACGAAAAAGAAAUGCAAAAUCCUCAAUCCUCCACCAAUGCAAACCAAGAUCCGACAAUUGAGCCCCAGCCUCAGCCCCAGCCCCGGCGACCCCGCGGGUUCGCUGCCACGGCCGCAGCGGCUGCAGCCUCAGUGAGCCCCACCGGCACUCCAUCUGGAACUGCCGCCGCAAGCACUGGCUCGUCCACCGGCAAGGGGAAACGUGAGAGGGAGAAAGAAAAAGAGAGGACAAAGCUUCGGGAACGGCACAGGCGAGCCAUCACCAGCCGUAUGCUGGCCGGCUUGAGGCAAUAUGGUAAUUUCCCUCUCCCCGCGCGUGCUGAUAUGAACGAUGUGUUGGCCGCCUUGGCGCGUGAGGCUGGUUGGACCGUUGAGCCCGACGGCACUACUUACAGGCUCAGGCACUCUCCCCCUCCCCAACAUCACCAACAUUUGGGAGCAUUUCCAGUGAGGUCAGUUGAAAGCCCAAUAUCAGCUAGUUCAUUGAAGAGUUGCUCUGUUAAAGCAACAUUAGACUGUCAGCCACCUGUUGUCAGAAUUGAUGAGAGUUUGUCACCAGCAUCUCUUGAUUCUGUUGUUAUAGCUGAGAGAGAUACAAGGAGUGAGAAAUACCCCAGUACUAGUCCCAUCAACUCAGUUGAAUGCCUGGAGGCAGAUCAGCUUAUACAAGAUGUUCAUUCCGGGGAGCAUGAGAAUGACUUUACGGGCACCCAAUAUGUCCCUGUUUUUAUAAAGCUUUCAACAGGUGUCAUCAACAACUUUUGCCAGUUGGCUGAUACUGAGGGUGUUAGACAGGUACUAAGUCAUAUGAAGUCCUUAAACGUAGAUGGAGUCGUUGUAGAUUGUUGGUGGGGAAUUGUUGAGGGGUGGAACCCACAGAAGUAUGUAUGGUCUGGCUACCGGGAAUUAUUUAAUGUUAUCCAAGAGUUCAAGAUGAAGAUACAGGUUGUAAUGGCAUUUCAUGAGUAUGGAAGAACAGACACUGCUGAACUACUGAUCUCCCUACCCCAAUGGAUUUUGGAGAUAGGAAAAGAAAACCAGGAUAUCUUCUUCACAGACCGUGAAGGAAGGAGGACUACUGAAUGUUUAUCUUGGGGCAUUGACAAAGAACGUGUUCUAAAUGGAAGAACUGGCAUUGAGGUGUACUUUGAUUUCAUGAGAAACUUCAGGACAGAGUUUGAUGACUUGUUUGCAGAGGGACUUUUUUCUGCAGUGGAGAUUGGACUUGGACCGUCUGGGGAGUUGAGGUAUCCCUCUUUCUCGGAAAGGAUGGGAUGGAGGUAUCCUGGCAUCGGUGAGUUUCAGUGUUACGACAAAUAUUUACAGCAAAAUCUACGGAAAGCUGCUAAAUUGCGUGGGCAUUCUUUCUGGGCUAGGGGACCUGAUAAUGCUGGCCAAUAUAAUUCUCGGCCACAUGAAACUGGCUUCUUUUGUGAACGAGGUGAUUAUGAUAGCUACUAUGGGCGCUUUUUCCUCCAUUGGUAUGCCCAGUCACUGACUGAUCAUGCUGAUAAUGUUUUGUCUCUAGCAAGUCUUGCUUUUGAGGAGACCAAGAUUAUUGUUAAGGUACCUGCAAUUUAUUGGUGGUACAAGACUUCCAGUCAUGCAGCGGAAGUAACAGCAGGAUACUAUAACCCUACCAAUCAGGAUGGAUAUUCUCCAGUUUUUGAGGUUCUAAAGAAACACUCAGUGACAAUAAAGUUUGUGUGCUCUGGAUUGCAGGUUUGUAGUUAUGAAAGUGAUGAAGCAUUUGCUGAUCCAGAAGGUUUGAGUUGGCAGGUUCUCAAUUCAGCCUGGGAUCGAGGAUUGACUGUUGCUGGUGAGAAUACACUUUCAUGUUUCGACAGAGAAGGGUGCUUGAGAAUAAUUGAGACCGCCAAGCCAAGAAAUGAUCCUGAUCAUCGCCACUUUUCAUUCUUUGUCUAUCAACAGCCAUCUCCUUUGGUCGAAGGAGUAAUAUGUUUCCUAGAUUUGGAUUACUUCAUUAAAUGCAUGCAUGGAGAUAUAACUGGUGACCUAGUACCCUAGCAUUAUGCUGUUUUUGGAUAAAAGUGGAAUGAUGAAGGUGAAGUGCCAAUUUCAACUGUAGGCUAACACUGAUGAGGUUGCUAACAUGAAAGGUGUAGGAUAUGUUAGGGUUCAGCUCAUGUGAGAGAUUGUACUAAAUUUGUCCAAGUUGUUUCGCUCACGUAAUGUCAUAUUCGAAUAUAUGUAUAUCUGUCUGUCUGUCUGUCUGUAUAAGCUGAGUAAAGCAACUUAAAGCGUUUUACAGUUGACGCAUACGAUGAAUGAUAUUGAUAUGUAUUUUUGGCAUGUAAUAAGACAGUACAUAUUUGGUUUGGGGUCAUCAAUCAUCAAGGCUGAAGCACGCAAAAGAAGCAGAGUAAAAAGAAAUCAUUUGUCUCUGCUCUCUUUGGUAACCAAACUAUGUAUAAUGAAUUGAAUUCUGAUAUCAAGCGAUGAUACUUGCCUGCUAAGUGAAAUGAGGCUGUCCUA